AUGACGUCCACAUCCUUCCGCGGGGUCUCGGUCCCAAUCGAGCCCCUCAGCGCCCCGGUACACAGUCACGGCUACACCGGCCUCGACCCUCGCUCCGAGACCCUCCCCAAGGGCUGGAAAUACCCUCACCCGGACGCCCGCCCUCUCCCCUGCGACAUCCGCGUCGACCACGACGUGGCCCUCAAGAUGCGCGACGGCGCGACCCUCUACGCCGACAUCCUGCGGCCCGCGACCUCCGAGAGGGUGCCGGCCCUGAUCUGCUGGUCGCCCUUCGGCAAGACGUUCAACGGCAUCAUGUCGCUGGGCUACAUGACGCCGUGGAACCUCGGGAUACCCGCCGGCACGCUCUCGGGCCUCGAGAAGUUCGAGGCCCCGGACCCGGCGGACUGGGUGCCGCGCGGCUACGCCGUCGUCAACGUCGACACGCGCGGGGCGUACGACAGCGAGGGCACGAUGGUGAUCAUGGGCACGCGGGAGGCCGAGGACGGGUACGACACGAUCGAGGCGGUGGCCGGGAUGGGCUGGUGCACGGGCAAGGUCGGGCUGGCGGGGAACUCGCACCUGGCGAUCGCGCAGUGGUUCAUCGCCGCGCUGCGGCCGCCGAGCCUCGCCGCCAUCGCGCCGUGGGAGGGGUGCGGGGACCUCUACCGCGAGCAGUUCGCGCGGGGGGGCAUCUACGCCGGGGACCUGUUCGAUCAGCUGAUCGUGAAGCACAUGCUCAAGGGCCGCCACGGGCUCGAGAGCUUCAGGGAGAUGUACGAGAAGCACCCGCUCGCGAACGCGUGGUGGAACGACAAGAGGCCUGAUAUGACGAAGAUCAACGUGCCUACGUAUAUCACGGGGACGUGGACGAACACGAUGCACGGGAUGGGGGCGAUCAGGGCGUGGUUGGAGGUGCAGUCGGAGGAGAAGUGGUUGAGGUGGCACCCGUGGCAGGAGUGGUUUGACCUCUGGGGCAACCCGCAGGCCAAGGAGGAGUUGUUUGACUUCUUUGACUUUUACCUGAAGGGGGUGAAGAAUGGGUGGGAGAAGACGCCGAAGAUUCGGAUGGCGCUCUUGAGGUUUGGGAACAAGGUGCCGCAGGCGAUUGAGAACAUCGUCGAGGAGGAGUUCCCGCCGAAGAGGACGGAGUACAAGCAGUUCUACCUCGGGAGCGGGGAGGAGCUCGUACCCGGCGCGGCGCCGGCGGAGACCCAAGACGUCGGGUAUGAUUCAACGUCUUCGGAGAGCGUGGGAUUCACGUACACGUUCACGGAGACGACGCGGCUCAUGGGAUUGCCGAAAGCGGUGCUGUACAUGUCCUGCGCGGAUCACGACGACAUGGACGUGUACGUCAUGAUCCAGAAGCUGGACCGCGAGGGGAAGCAGAUGAAGAACCUCAACAUCCCGUGGAAGGGAAUCCCCGUCAAGACGUUUGAGGAGUUCUCGCCGGAGCAGGAGACGGAGGUUGUGCUGUACAAAGGCCCCGUCGGGAUCCUGCGCGCGUCGCACCGGGCGAUUGACGAGGCGAAGAGCAUGCAUCCGCACUGGCCGUACCAUCCGCAUGAAAAGGAGGAGAAAAUCACGCCUGGCGAGGUUGCGAGGCUGGACAUCGGCAUCUGGGCUACCGGUAUCGAGUUUGAAGAAGGGGAGAGCGUGAGGAUCGUUGUUAGUGGGAGGAGCUUUGCGGUGAAUAAUUUCGGGGCCGAUCAUGGGUUGAAUCGGGGAAGGCAUGUGGUGCAUCUGGGAGGGAAGCACGCCAGCCAUGUAAUUCUUCCGUUUGUGUAG